AUGGGAAAUUCAAGCAGCGAAAAUUCCCAAAAUUCAUCAUUUGAAGACGACAGAUUUACCCCAGAAACAGAGUUUACACCAGCAUCUUUUAUUCCAACGUCAUCUGGAAAUUGGCAUACUGUAGGAUUAGCUGUCACCAGAAGGUCAAAUUAUGUUCAACAAGUUGGUUAUAUGAAAUGUGCAAAAAUUAAAGAUCCACCGACAAUCAAAGAAAUUUAUUUCGAUUGUCCGAAUUGUAAAGUGAAACUAUUUGAUGGAGGGCUAUGCAAAAAAGUAUAUUGUGAAUGCGGGAAAACUUAUGAAAGAAAUGAUGAGGAUGAAAUUUUUGAAUCAGAGGGAAAUAGACAGAGGGAUUUUAGAGAUUUGUUUAGGGAAAUUAAUAACGUGCCAUCAGUGACGUAUAUACCUGAACUGGUUAGUAUUUCAUUUGGAUUAUUCCGAGAAGGCGCACCUGCAGAAUUUAUGAUCGGUGGAAGAGCUAAUUUUCCAACAAUUUUUACGUAUUAUUUAGCGCCUUUUUUUACAGCACGGCUAAGAUGCUUACUCCCCCCCCCCCUCCGUGAGCGAACAAAACCAUUAGAAAAAUCGCCAUUUUUUGACCAAAAACCCCACCCUCCGUGAGUGAACAAAAAUUUGUUUAAUAGAAAAAAUUUAAUGGAAAAAAAUUUUGAUAUAUAAGUGAUAAUUAGUAUAAUGAAAUCUAGAGCUAAUUCUGUUUAAUUUUAAACAAAUUGCGUUUUAAAACAUAAAUUUUGCAAAUUAAAUUAAUAUUUGCUUCCCAAUUUUUGCAAAUUAGGAUUUUUUUUAAAUUUCGAAAAAAAUAUUUUUUAUAAAAUUUAUAUAUAAAUUUUUUUAAAAAAAAAAAUUAACCCCCCUCCGUGAGCGAACAAAAUUUUUUUGUUCGCUCACGGAGGGGGGGGGGGGAGGGAGUUAGGAAUUGGAGAAUAUUUUUCAUAUGGAGAAACAAAAUUUAAAGUCCUAGGCUCAUUCCCUAGUUUUGGAAUUAUUACAGAAUCGACUGUCAUUUACUGCUCAGAAAUUUUGACAGAAAACCCAAUAAAUCGUGUGCAGAUUUUGCCAACAGUUUUUUCAACUCUUAGUCAUGACAUUUCAGGUGAAAUUACUAGUAUUCUUAAAUAUAAACAUUUACACACUGGAGAAUAUUUAUUUAUUAAUUCAAACGAAUAUAUAGUCACAGCUUCGCAGCCAACUGAUGGAGUAAUUGACCCAAGGACGCAGUUUUAUUAUGAAGGAGAUCCUUUGGAGCCAAUCCAAACAGUAAAUAUGAUCCCUUAUUUAGAAGACUUAACAUUUUAUUAUCAAGCGUUAUCUCGUUCACAUUUAAUUGAAGAAAUUUUAUGUGAUUUUAUAUUACCGUGGGCACAAGGCUUCAGACGUGUUAUAUCAAAAAACCAAAUAAUUACUAUAGAUGGCAUAGGAUUUCUUAUCAAUAAUUGUUGGCCUGAGCGAGGAAUUAUAGUAGAUGAAACUCUUAUAAUAUUUGAUGGGUCUAUGGCUCGUCGCUAUUCUUCAGAUCCACCCCAAAUAAUGUUUUCAGGAGGAAACAUUUAUGUGAGGAGAACUCAAAUGUCAGAAGAUCCUAUGGUAGUUUUAGCAAGGCAUCUAUUAAGUAUGCAGCAGGCAAUGGGGCAAAUGGGAGCUCCUGAGUUAAAUGGUGCAGCUGAUGAAAAUAUACAGAGCUUGCCUACACACAUUAUGCAAACUCUCCCACAGGACCCUGAAGCUGCAAAAUGCAUGGUAUGCUUGUGUGGAUAUGAAAUAGGAGAAGAAGUAAGAACUCUGCCAUGCUUUCAUAUGUUUCAUGUUAGGUGUGUGGAUGAAUGAUUAAGAAGAAGUGCCCUGUGUCCGCUCUGUAAGACUUCGAUAGAUACAAAUUAA